AUGUACAUAUCGUUCAUAAUAUUUUCAAUAAUUUUUAUUUUUCUUGGUGUAAUAGAAAAUUUCAUAAUUAACAAGAGAAUUUUGUAUAGGCCGAAUUUUUUAUUAUACUCUGAAAAAAAAAACAAAAAGAAGAAUACACCUGAACAAGUAGCAACUAGAGCGAAUAAAGACCUCAAGGAGAAGAAAAGAAAAAGACCCACAAGUAAAAUUUUGGAAUGUUUAUUAAAAGAGAAGGUUGAGAAAGUUGAAAAAAAUUCAGAUGAGAAUGAAUGUUCAAAUGUCGAUAAAGAAAUAAGAGAAGGAAAAAGAGUGCCACGGCUUAGAGUGAGAAAUACAAAUAAUCAUAUAUAUGCUUCAAUAAUUGAUGAUUAUAAAAAAUAUGUAUUAUGUUCAACAUGCUCAAGAGAUGCUACACUUUCUAAAAUAUUAGGAACAUACAGAAGAAAAGCAACAAACCGUAUUAUAAACAAUGGAAGAACUAUUAAAUCGGCUUGGGAAAUUGGUAAAAUUAUAGGGAAAAAAGCUUUAAAUAAAGGAAUAUUUAAAGUACGCUUUGAUCGAGCUAGACAUCCAUAUGCUGGAAAAGUGGAGGCUCUAGCCGAAGGAGCAAGAGCAGUAGGUUUAUUAUUAUAA